AUGUCGAUUGUCCAGGAAACGGCCUGUGCCGUGAAUGGCCAGCUCGAUCUAUGGCAACAACAGGUUGCCUCCUCGUCGGAGGCGCUCAUCUACGCCGAGGACGCCCCCCCUCUGCCUGUUCGGCACUUGCAGAAUGUCAUCGGCGCCAUCUCGGUGACUUCCACGACCCAGCCUUUUCUGUCACCCAAGCGUCUGGUGAAUUUGCUGGAGGAACCCACCCUGAUCCGCCCAUGGUCAGCCUUCGCAGAGCUUCGUGCAGAAACAGAGCAGUCGGAAAGUGAGGCGGUAUCAAAUCACUUGUGGUUGGUAGCAGCCAAGGCGGCCGUUCAAGCUUCAGGCUUGGUGAUGCAAUCGCUGCUAGACCAGACCCUCCAGUUACAGGAAGAGACAUGCUACUGGAAUGAAGUGCUCGGGUCGUCUUGGAAUAGCGGUAUCUACGCCGCUCAAACAGCACCCGUACGACUCUGGCACUGGUCCCGAGACCUACCCUCUCUACGGGAUGCAUCCUCAAGGACACUCUCUGAGUCCCUCGUAGCUCGAUGGGCGCAAUUCUAUCAAAUUGCCCGGCGAAGCGUCUCCGAAUACCCCGUCCCCCUUAGUUGGGCCUCUCCCAUCCGGUCCUGUCGCUCAGAGGCUCGUCGGAAGAGAGACCGCUUGUUGGCCAUGACGGAUAUUCACACCAGCAGCCUGGGUCUACUUAUGGAAACUAUGCACUCCUUCCAAGUCGAUGAAUUUGCCGUCAAUCACUAUCGAGCAUCGCACAACCCAUGGCAAGAAACGGUGUGCCGUCUUGUUAUCCUCACUGAAGCCGUCGUUCGUCAAGCAGCUGAACAUUCGAAUCUCACUGGGUUUGAGGAGCAAGUAUUUGCUGCUGUCAAAGAGGAGAGGUCGAGCAUGCACAUGCUGGACAGAGACUUUUCCUCGAUGCAGGCCCCGACGGACUUGAUUCAACGUCUACUGACAAUCCUGCGCGACCACCUCCCAUCUCAUACGUCCUCGGUGACCUCUUUCAUCACUUCACAUGGGCGACCAUCGCGGCUGGUCCGAUAUUGGAUCCCCGUGACCCUGGUGCUCAUGUCCAGCAGUGCGUCGUUGAAAUUCCUGGCCCGCCGGCAGGAUGAGAUUCUGCAGUGGGUCGCCAAUUUGGGCGCGACGAUCAUCGACUUUGGUCGCAAUUGGGUGGUUGAGCCCAUUCAUAAACUCAUCGGAACUAUCCGUCAUGAUGAGAAGAGUGAGAUUGCCCUCAUGAGCAAGAACAGCUUGGUAGCCGACAGAGCCAGUCUCGAGCGCAUGGUCCUUGAUUUUGUUCGAGAUCGUCCCGACACGAGCCAGGGAUCGCCAUCCGCUCAAGACAUGGCAGCCAUCACGAACGCGGUCAAAGAAGGGGAUCUCACCCCGGUGCUGAAAGCCUAUGAGCGAGAUCUUCGUACACCCUUUGUUGGCACCGUUAGGGGAGAUUUGGUGCGCGCACUGUUGAUCCAGAUUCAGAAGACCAAGGUCGACGUCGAAAUCGCCAUGAGUGGUAUUGAUGCUCUGUUGAAGAGCCAAGAGCUUGUCUUUGGCUUUGUUGGCUUGACUCCGGGUAUCAUGGUCACGUAUGCUUCCAUCCGUUGGAUGGCCGGGCUUUUCGGCAGCCGCCGUGGGCUGCGAAUGGGCAGGAAGCGCCAUGACGUUCGCCGCGGGCUUCGUAACGUCACACGAGUCCUCACCUCUGUUCGAUCGUCUGAAGGUAUCAUGUCCUACCACGAAUCGGGGCGACUCAUUUGCGAAGCGGAAGCCUUGCUCCAAAAGAUCAAACAGGUCUUGAGUGGGGUGCAGUACCAAGAGUUCAGAGAAGAUAUUCAAGAUUUACUUGACACGGACAGCGGCGUUGACAAACAGUUACGCGUAGUAGAGAGAAUGAGGUGGACAUACUUUCAGUGA